AUGGAGGAGGCAGGUGGCAAAGGGGACGAGUGGGUGGAGGAGUGGCAGGUCCAGACUUUCUCCAGCGAUGUAUCGUGGAUAGACAAGGGAGGCUACCUGCCACUGAACGUCUCUUAUCAACUACUGGCAGGAACACCUCCCACUGAACAGAAGUACCUGACCAUCGGGCUGUGCUCGGUGAGUCGUCCUAAAGGCAGCUAUCUGAUCUCCACCUUGUCCUCCAUCUUCUCCCGCUCCUCCCCGGCAGAGCUAAACUCCAUGUUGGUGGUGGUACUGCUGACAGACUUCGAUGCCCAAUGGAGAGCGACCACGCUGGGGGAGAUUACUGCUAACUUCCCCUCCCAGCUGAAGGCAAACCUGCUCCUGGUGGUACAUGUCCCCAAGCAGUACUACCCACCAAUAACAGGCCUGAAAAGGAACUUUGACGACAAGGCUGACCGUGUGACGUUCCGCUCCAAACAGAACGUUGACUAUAGCUUCCUGGUUCAGUUCUGCACUGGGCGGAGCCUGCACUACCUGCAGCUGGAGGACGACGUCUCCUGCUCGCAUCACUUCCUGUCCGCCAUCAGAGGGCGUGUCCAGCAAAUGGAAAUGCCCUGGGCCACGUUAGAGUUCUCAGCGCUGGGCUACAUUGGGAAGCUGUACCACUCAGAACACCUCCCCCUCCUCUCACGCUUCCUCUUCCUGUUCUACCAGGAAAUGCCCUGCGACUUCCUGUUCAGUCACUUCCGGGUGCUUUUGACGCAGAGCGAGGUGAUCCGCUUCACACCCUCCCUGUUUCAACACACAGGCUCAUACUCGUCCUUCCUGGGGACCUUCAACCAGCUGAAGGAUGCCGACUACGAGGAUCUCUACACCAACCCUGCUGCUGACGUCUAUAGUGACAUACCAGUCUACAAGGAGCAUGUGGCAGCCAUGGCCUGGUCUCCUGGUAGUGGAACCUUCUUCUGGGGGCGGAGUCCCUCUUCAGGGAACCACCUAACCGUCACCUUCAAACAUCCUGUUGUGGUUACCUCCAUUACCGUGGUGACUGGUUCAGCAGAGGGUCGUGAUCGGUUGGCAUCUGCGACCGUAGAACUGGGUCUCCACCCGGUAACCGAGAAGACUGGGUCGGGGACAACAUGCCAACAGUUCUAUAACGUGGGGGAUCUGCAGGGAGGCAGGAUGGACAUGACGGACGUACACAAGAAGAGAUUUGGCCACGCCUCUUCCUGUCUGAAGAUAAGAGUCACAGCCAAACAGAAUGACUGGGUUAUCAUCAAGAAGAUCAGGAUUACAACAAAGGAGGAAUGAACACUCUGAAAACACACUCUCA